AUGGCAGUGCUGAGCCACCUCAGAGUGGCGGCGCGGCCUCUUGUUUCACAUCGGCUUGGUCUCAUUCGAACUUAUGGAUCAGCGGCUGCGGCUCAGUUGGACUAUGAUUACUACUAUUAUGAUGAUGAUGAAGACGAACAACGAGGGAACGGGAAGCGGAGGGCAAUGGAGGAAUCAGAGGAAGGGUGUGAUAGGAUAGGGCGUGGAGUGCAGUGGGUCAUUAUUGGUGAUCCAGUGGCGAGGCGACACGUCUACGCUCAAAGGCUCUCGAAGCUUCUGGAUGUUCCGCAUAUUUCCAUGGGUACACUUGUUCGUCAAGAGCUGCAUCCUCACUCCACUCUUUACAAACAGAUUGCAAGUGCAGUGAAUCAAGGGAAACUAGUACCUGAGGAUGUCAUUUUUGGGUUGUUGUCGAAGAGACUGGAGGAAGGGUACUGCAGGGGUGAAUCCGGCUUCAUUUUGGAUGGAGUACCUCGCACAAGAAUUCAGGCUGAAAUCCUAGACCGAAUUACUGAUAUAGACUUAGUGUUGAACCUUAAAUGCACGGAGCAUAUGGUAAAGAAAAAUCUAGGCAAUGGAACUUAUUCUCCUUCUCGAGAUUUUCAUCGCAUGGCUGGCUCGGGAUUCAAUUUAAGUCUUCAGCCAAAAGAUGGCCAACUGGAAUCUGCCUGUGCUGACAAAGAUACUGCCUGGAAGGAGAAACUUUGGGCGUAUGCAGAACAGAGAAAGCCUGUAGAAGAAUACUACAAGAAACAAAAGAAGCUUCUCGAGUUUCAUGUGGCUGGUGCGCCCGGGGACACUUGGCAAGGUCUUUUGGCUGCAUUGCGUCUGCAGCACAUGAAUGCUGUCUGUUCUUCUUUCAAUUCACCACAGAAGUUGGCAGCUUGA